UAUAUUUUCAUUCAGGCGACCAUGUUAUGGGCAGAGUGGCGUGACGCGCUGCUGCUAAAUGAUAGCUAUCCUAUCGCUAUCACUCAGGUUUCAACUUCAAAACUAUGAUAAUUGCGUGUUCAAAUUAGAGUCCAAGUUAGUCAGUGUGUGUUCGUGCUAAUUAGUUCUUAUGGCAUACAAAUCGCUGACUUCAAUCACCGUCUCGGACAUUGAAUCCGUUGGGAUUUCAACUGAGGUUGCUUCCGCCUUCCACCGCCGCCUCAAAGAAAUCAUUGCAACCCAUGGAGCUGGCACUCCUGCCACGUGGCACAACAUCACAAACACCAUUCUCACCCCUGACCUUCCCUUCUCCUUCCACCAGAUGCUCUACUAUGCUUGCUACAUCGAUUUUGGACCUGACCCGCCCGCUUGGAUACCCGACCCGGAAUGUGCUCUUUCAACAAAUGUUGGCCAGUUACUAGAGAGGAGGGGUAAAGAGUUUCUGGGUUCAGCAUAUAAGGAUCCUAUUUCGAGUUUUUCUGAUUUCCAAAAAUUCUCAGUAUCAAACCCUGAGGUAUUUUGGAAAAAUGUGCUGGAUGAAAUGAACAUAUCAUUUUCCACGCCACCUGAAUGCAUCUUGCGAGAGAAUCUCCCGGGAGAAAGCUCGCUAACACACCCGGGUGGUCAAUGGCUUCCUGGAGCAUCAAUUAAUCCAGCAAAGAAUUGCUUAGUUGAAAAUGCCAAGAGAAGUUUGAAUGAUACAGCAAUAAUAUGGCGGGAUGAACAUCAUGAUGAUCUCCCUGUGCAAAGGAUGACAUUUAAGGAAUUGCAGGAAGAGGUUUGGUUGGUUGCAUAUGCUCUUGAAGCACUGGGUCUGGAGAAGGGAUCUGCAAUUGCAAUUGAUAUGCCAAUGCAUGUCAAAUCAGUGGUUAUCUACCUGGCCAUUGUUCUUGCAGGUUAUGUUGUUGUAUCAAUUGCUGAUAGUUUUGCAGCAGGUGAAAUAUCAACCAGGCUUAAUAUAUCAAAUGCUAAAGUCAUAUUUACCCAGGAUCUCAUUAUUCGUGGUGAUAAAAGCAUCCCUCUGUACAGUAGAGUUGUCGAAGCCAAGUCACCUUUGGCAGUAGUUAUCCCUACCAGAGGCUCUGAGUUUAGCAUGGAAUUACGCAAUGGUGACUUUUCUUGGCAUGAUUUUCUGGACAGAGCCAACAGCCUCAAAGGCAAGGAAUUCGUAGCUGUAGAACAACCAGUAGAAGCAUUUACAAACAUUCUCUUCUCUUCUGGAACAACAGGUGAGCCAAAGGCCAUUCCAUGGACAAAUAUUACUCCUCUGAAAGCUGCUGCAGAUGCAUGGUGCCACUUGGACAUUCGUAAAGGUGAUGUAGUUUCCUGGCCCACUAAUCUUGGAUGGAUGAUGGGUCCAUGGCUCGUAUAUGCAUCAUUGAUCAAUGGGGCUUCGAUGGCCCUGUAUAAUGGAUCCCCUCUUGGAUCUGGUUUUGCCAAAUUUGUACAGGAUGCCAAAGUAACUAUGCUUGGCGUAAUUCCAAGCAUUGUUCGUAGUUGGAAAAGUGCAAAUUCCACAUCUGGCUAUGAUUGGUCUGCUAUCCGGUGCUUUGGUUCUACUGGAGAAGCAUCUAAUGUAGAUGAAUACCUUUGGCUGAUGGGGAGAGCUCUUUACAAGCCUGUAAUUGAAUAUUGUGGCGGUACAGAAAUUGGAGGUGGAUUCAUUACUGGAUCAUUACUACAACCUCAAUCAGUAGCUGCUUUCAGCACGCCUGCCAUGUGCUGCAGUUUGUUUAUUUUGGAUGAGGAAGGUCAUCCUAUUCCACAAGAUGUUCCAGGAAUGGGUGAAUUGGCUCUUGGUCCCAUCAUGUUUGGGGCUUCAAUUACUCUGCUAAAUGCUGACCAUUAUGCUGUCUACUUUAAGGGAAUGCCUGUUUAUAAUGGAAAGGUUUUGCGGAGGCAUGGAGAUGUAUUUGAGCGUACUGCGAAAGGAUACUAUCAUGCGCACGGUCGUGCAGAUGAUACAAUGAACCUUGGGGGAAUAAAGGUGAGUUCGGUUGAGAUUGAACGCUUAUGCAAUGGGGUGGAUAGCAGUAUCUUGGAAACUGCUGCUAUCGGGGUUCCGCCAUCUGGAGGUGGCCCCGAGCAGUUGGUUGUAGCAGUUGUAUUCAAGAAUCCAAGCACCACAACGCAAGACUUGCACCAAUUGAGGAUCUCUUUCAAUUCAGCUCUCCAAAAGAAACUGAACCCAUUGUUCAGGGUUUCUCGGGUUGUGUCACUACCAUCUCUUCCAAGGACGGCAUCAAACAAGGUUAUGAGAAGGGUUUUGCGGCAGCAACUUUCUGAAAAUAACCAAAGUUCUAAAAUAUGACAAAAGCUAUGUUAGCUUUGGUAAUAAUGUCCCAAGUUGUGGUGGGAAAUUUGUCAUCUAUGGAAUUCAUGCUUAAAUAGGCACUCCAUGUACCAUUCAUUAUAAAUCAUAAAUCAAUAUUAAUAAAAGAAAACAGUCAUAGAUU